AUGGUAGGUGUGGAGUUGAGUAGCAGCCGCUCAACCACCCCAAGUUCACCAGCUUCAAGCCCGAGAAGCGAAAAGAGCAAAGAAAACGAUGUGAACAGUGGAUAUUGUGACAGUGACAUUAGGUAAAAUAUUUUAAAAUUCUUGGUUAUUUUAUCGUAUUUUACAUUAUAAAUUUCAUUUUUUUUUUGUUUUAUAAAGAAAGUUCUUGCCAUUUUUUAGUUUGUAAAGAAAGUUCUUGCCAUUUUUUGUUUUGUAAAGAAAGUUCUUGCCAUUUUUUGUCUUGUAAAUAAAGUUCUUGCCAUUUUUUGUUUUGUAAAGAAAGUUCUUGCCAUUUUUUGUUUUGUAAAGAAAGUUCUUGCCAUUUUUUGUUUUGUAAAUAAAGUUCUUGCCAUUUUUUGUCUAGUAAAGAAAAUUCUUGCCAUUUUUUGUUUUGUAAAGAAAGUUCUUGCCAUUUUUUGUCUUGUAAAUAAAGUUCUUGCCAUUUUUUGUUUUGUAAAGAAAGUUCUUGCCAUUUUUUAUUUUGUAAAGAAAGUUUUUGUCAUUUUUUGUUUUAUAAAGAAAGUUAUUGCCGUUUUACUAGUUCAAACUCAUUUUUAACUGCCAAAACUUUCAGGACGCCUCAAAAGCUGUCCUCACAAUGGCGUAAACGGUGCACAUCAGACGAUUCUUCUUCAGAAUCCAUGAAGCGUCGUCCGUUUGAAGAGGAGAUUGAUCAACGGCUACAGGCUUUGAAGCAGGAAAAUCAUUUUUUGAAAAGUCAGCUUGAGCGUAGUAUGGAUACGGUAAUCGUUCAGGGACCUAAAAGUGUACCAAAAGCUAAUGGUACUGCAGUGCCUUCAAAUGGUACUACAAUGCUUUCACAUGGAACCGCAAUGCCUUCAAAUGGUACUACAAUACCUUCAAAUGGUAUUCCAAUGUCUUUAAAUGGCACCACAAUGCCCUCAAUUAGUACUGCCAUGCCAUUAAAUGGUACCACAAUUCCUGCAAAUGGUACUAAUUUCAUGUUGAGUGGUACCAGUAGUACCAUUGGUGCCAACUGUCAUACAGGAAGUGAUUUUGAACAAAACUCAAAUUUUUCUUUAAAAUCAUCUACAGUACCAUCGGUACCAUCAGUACCAUUAGUAACAAAAUCAGAAAAUUUGGCUUCCGAUCUUAUUCGACCAAAGCCAGUACCACUACAAAGCGACCAGUACCAUUUUUUGACUGAAAGUGGAAAUGGUACUACUACCAACUUGAAUAGUACUACUAAUGCAUUAAAUAGUCCAACCAAUACGUUGAACGGUUCGACUAGUACAUUGAAUGGUCCUACUAGUACAGGUCUUAGUAGUACUGUAAAUCUUACAGCUAGUACUAUGAACCCAACACCGCACAUUCAAAGUACUACAACUGGUCCUACUAGUACUCAAAACGCUGAAAGUGGUACAAGUUCUAUUCUAAGCGCAUUAAAUGGUACUAAUCCGACGAAUAGUACUAGUUGUAUCCAGAGUACCAACGACUUUCAACAGCCAAACCUUUGUAACCUGUACAACACGUUGAAUACGACACCAGCUUUCCAACAUCUGGCUUCAUUACUGUAUCCAACUGCUUUCGAUUCAGCCUCAGUUUACAAUAACCUGUUCAAUGGAAUGUCAUUGAACAGUUUGGCCAAUUUACAAGCGAUUCUACAACAACAAACUCAGCAGCAGCAGGUAGGUUUAAUUUUAAAAUUCAACUGGAGAUAGGGCUGGUUUGGUAGGGCUGUAGUAAAGGCUAUGAUGUGGCUUGGGUAGGUAUUGGGUAGAAGUUUGAAUAGAUCUAUAGUAUAUGUUAUGGUAGGGCAGAGCUAUGGUAGGCUAAAGAAGAGUUAGAGCUUUAGGCUUCAAGUUUUAAGCUUUAGACUAAAGCUCAAGGCUUGGGCUUUAAGCUAUUUAUAUAUUUUGGCUAAAGUUCCAGGCUAGAGAUAAAGGUAGAACCGGGACUAGAGCUAGAUCUUUAGGGUAACAAUUGUAAGACUUAGCUGGACCUUCAAUCUCUAGAGCAUUAGGCCCCGCCUUAGGCUAAAGUUUUAGGUUAAGGCUUCAAACCAAAGUCUUAGGUUAGCUGAAGCAUUAGACUAGCUGUUUAGGCUAGAGCGUUAAGCUAGGGUUUUAAGCUAAGUUUUUAAAUUAAGCCCUUAGGAUAACUAGGGCUUUAAACUAAGAUUUUAGGCUAGAUUUUUAAGCUCUGGCUCUGAAAUAGGUGUCUAAGCUUGGGUUCUAGGCUAAGGAUCUAUGCCAGGGCUCUGGGCUGUCUCUGGGCUAGGGCUCUGGGCUAGGGUUCUGAGUUAGGGCUCUGGGCUAGGGUUCUGGGCUAGGGCUUUGGGCUAGGGCUUUCGGACCGGCCGUUGGCUAGGGCUCGGGGCUAGGGCUACGUGUCUGCGCUAGGCUUAGGACUAGAACUAGGGCUCUGGUCUAGGGUUCUGAGUUAGGGCUCUGGGCUAGGACUCUGGGUUUGGGCUCUGGGCUAGUUUUAAUGGCAAUGACAAUGUUUUUACAACGGGAAAUUUGCAUACUCCAGAAUUACGACGCUUUUUCUUGACCUAAAAAAGCGAAAAAAGGGCAUCGCCUUUCAUUUUAUCUCACUUUUAGCCUUUCGGGUUAUCGCCAACAGCAUUUUCAGGGGAAUAUUAUUUAUACCUAAACUAACUUUUAUAAAAGAGGUAUUUUAGACAUAAGGAGCACUAAAUUUGGUAGGAGACUGGUAAUUUUUGGUACUCAAGCGGAGAUGGGAAGGGCGAAAAAACGUUUUAAAAAAUUUUUUGCUUUGUAAAGAAAAUUCUUGCCAUUUUUUGUUUUGUAAGGAAAGUUCCAGUCAUUUUUGUUUUGUAAAGAAAGUUAUUGCCAUUUUUUGUUUUGUAAAGUAAGUUCUUGCCAUUUUUUGUUUUUUAAAGAAAGUUCUUGCCAUUUUAUUUUUUGUAAAGAAAGUUCUUGCCAUUUUAUGCUUUGUAAAGAAAUUUCUUGCCAUUUUUUCUUUGUAAAGAAAGUUCUUGCCCUUCUUUGUUUUGUAAGGAAAGUUCUUGCCAUUUUUCACUUUUUAAAGCAAGUUUAUGUCAUCCCCCCCCCUUGCAAAUUAAACUAAUAUUCAAAGAUAAAAAUUUAAAAUUAUUAUAUUUUUUUUAAAUUUUAAACUUAAGCCUAAAACAGAAAAAAAAACUAAAAAAUGUCUGUUUUUGCCCUAACAAUAAAGGAAUGCUUCUAAUUUCACCGCUUUCGAUUGUUUCAAGUCGUUUUUUUAUUUCACAACCCGAUUAUAAAAAGUAAAAUGGGUCAUUUCUGGGUUGUCUGCACCCUUUUUUUCCUUUUAUGCGGGUUCGGAUGUCAAGCAAGUCGUUUUUUGCUCAAAAACUUUCAACCGCUAAUAUUGUUUUGUCACCUUUUACAAUUCUCACAUUUUUGUCGGUUUUUUAAACUUAAAAAAAAUUUAAAAAAUUUUUUUUAAAAGUGCAAGCUAUUUUAUAAUAUUAACUGUGGGUUGCUUUUGGGUUCAUAAGGACGUGGGUGGGCGGGGUGAUUUUGAUGGGUGGGGAGGGGGGGGGGAGGGUCGAUGACGGGGGUAGUGCUGGGUAGGGUAACUCAUCGUAAAGUAGGAUAAAGUACGGUAGGUUGGAGUACGGUAGGUUAGGGUAGGGUGGGGUAAAAUAGGAUAAAGCAUGGUAGGGUAGGUGGUGGGCAGGGUAAUAUAGAGGAGCUGGAGAAAAAAGGCAGAAAAAAAAAUUUAUUUGGGGGGGGGGACAGGCUAAAUUUUAGUGGAAAAAAUUUUUUUUGUGAUAUAUCAUUCCCCCUUUAAAAAAAUCCCCGUUCAUUUCUGCCCCUUUAUCCUACUUUACCCUACCCUACCCCACCCUAGCCUACCCAACCCGACUCUACGCUACCUGACCCUACUUUAUCCGACCAUGUCUAUUCCUAAUUACAGCUAAAAACUUAAUUUUACUUUUUUCUAUUUUUGUUACCUAAAAACCUAUUUUUUAGGCCUUUUCCACCUUUGCAUCAGCCACAGCCUUAACAGCACCACUUGAGGCCUCCCAAACGUCGUCCCAAAGCCUGAGUGAUCUAGUUAAAGAACCAAUCAACUUACUAGUCCAAAACCCGUUGUUUUCGGCCCAAAACCCGGCUGUCAGCAACACCAUGAGGUUCGACGGCCUCUUUCCAAGCAGCUCCAAGACGGAAGCUACUGAUAAGCCCACUGAUCAGCCUAGUGGAAGCUUGGACAAUAAAAGUGGUGAUAACAAGGAGAUUCAGAAUGCUGAAGCUAAUUUCCCUGUUGGAGCUUCACAUAUUCUUCAAAGGGGUAAGUUAUGACAGAUUUUUUGAAUUUUCAAGGGGGGUUUUGGGCCUAAAGUUAACGUUUUUUGGCCUUAUUUUCGGUCAAACAUCGAUCAAACUUUAAAAAAUCUUGAGGGAUUUUAUCAAAAAAUAUUGCCUACACAUUGCGUUUUAAUUUUAAAACUAAUAAACUAUUAACUUCUUUUGUUUUUAACAUUUAAAAUUCGAAAAAAGUUAAUUUUAGCGAGAAAAUCGGCCUAAAUUUCACUUUUUGACCUUGUUUUACACUUCAAUAAGUCCGAAAUUUCGAAAAUUUUUUGAAAAUCAAGGGGGAAAUUCGAAUUUCAAUAAAAAAUUGUUUUUUUAAAUUUUCUUUACCUGCCCUCUCAAUUUUAUACGCUAUUUUCUUGAUCGCAGCCUUUUUCUUUGAUUUCCUCUUGAUCUGCGAAAGAGUGAGAAAAAAAAAGAGAGCGCGAAAAAGUGGUUAGAGAGCGCGCGGAAUUCCUUUUUGUUUUGUGGGCCGACGAGAAAGCGCAAUUAACAGUGAGAGCGCGAAAGGCUGUUUAGAGAGCGCAACAGUUUUCUCUCUUUCGUUUCACGGGCUGACGAAAUAGCGGAAUAAAUAAAGAGAGCGCCAAAACCCCGCGCAAAAAAGCCAGAGAAGCAAAGAAACGGCCGAAAUAUCGCUCUCUCUUUUCUCUCACCCGCGCUUUUUCCCAAUCAAAAAGCGAGCACCCGUUUUAUCACUCAAAAGAGAAAGAAUCUAUUCUCCGAGAUCAUGCUUCACAGGAUCAUUUCUGUAGUAAGCAUACUCUCGUCUAACGUCUAGGUUUCACCACCUGACUCUACGAUGAUCGAGCCGUGGUGACCCUUCCAGAGCGUGAAGUUCGUUCUGCUGGCUAAUGUAGCUGGUGGAACGUUGAAGAUCGCGAACUGUGCACCUGGAGCACGGUUUAGGGAAGAGUCGCUGGCUGAGUAGAGCUUUAUAAAAAUUUAUAUUAUAAUAGCUGGAGGGUAUUUGAUUACAUAUCUAACGUACCCUGCCUUACUUUAUCACACCCAAACGUACCCUAACAUAGUCUGCUAUCCUAGCCUACUCCACCCUAAAAAAGUUAUCUUAAUCUUGACCUAACACCUCCAAUUUCAGGACCAGGUAACAUUCAAUUCCUAAACCACCUUCCCACAGCUCACGAGCCGCGCUCCUCUGUACUUCACCACACCGACAGUAUUCAAUCCUCCUCGAACUGGCCCUUACCAACCCAGCCCAAGGUCGAACCACGCCCUUUUAACUAUGAAUCGUACCAAAACUUGGCCAGUAUCCUAAGCAACCCCUCUCGCUUAAGUCCUACUGUAAUCGAGAGUCGUACCGAGAAGCAAAGUGGCCUAGUCGAGCGACGUUCGGCCAAAUCCUCGUCACCUCAACUCAUCCUAUCGACCAGUCAAAAAAGCGACUCGGAUUCUCUGGGCUCUCCACAUUCUACACGAUCUACCACCGAUUCGAAUCGAAGCCAAAUUAGUCCUGCUUUGCACGACGGUACCAGUCAGGGUACCAGUUCGAAGACCAAUGCCAAGUACCAAGAUAGGCGGAGGAGGAACAAUGAGGCCGCGAAGCGUUGUCGUGCUAACCGACGUGCUAUUUUUGAGAUGCGUUCACAUCGUGCUCAACAGCUCGAGUUGGAGAACAAUAAUUUGAGGAAUGAGAUGGUCAAGCUGAACAGUGAACUGGAACAACUUAAGGCUGUUAUUGAGGCCAAUCAUCGACGGCUUCAUGUAUAA